GUGUGACUAUUAUCAUUAAUCCGAUGAUAAAUUAAUUUUGAAUUUGAACACUAAACUAUAAAAAUUAUAGCGAAACAUUCGCUUGUUAAUUUUAAAAUUAUGGAAAAUCAUCAAUCAACCGUAAACAAAGUGCUUCCAUGGAAUAUUAUUGAUGAUGAGAUUGUCAUCAGUGGAAUCGGUGGCCGCUAUCCAGAAUCAAAUUCAUUGGAUGAAUUUCGUGAUAACUUGUACAACAAUGUAGAUAUGAUCACUUCAGAUGAUCGUCGUUGGUCAACAGAUCUUUAUGGAAUGACCCAUCGAAUGGGAAAACUCAAAGAGAUCGAUAAGUUUGAUGCUUCAUUUUUUGGCAUCAUACCAAAAGUAGCUGAUGAGGUUGAUCCACAAGGCAGAAUUCUUCUGGAAACUACAUGGGAAGCAAUUGUUGAUGCUGGAAUUAAUCCUCAAACAUUGAGAGGAAGUAAUACUGGUGUUUAUGUUGGGUAUACAUCGGUUGCUAUGCCAGAUGGAGUACCACAAGAAGUGCAAGACGAUAUUCAAGCUUCGAAAGUAGAAUCUCUUUUAUGGUUUCAAGGUGGAUCCAAAGCAUUUUAUGCUAAUCGAGUUUCAUUUCUUUAUGAUUUUCAUGGCCCAUCAAUGUCAAUCGAUAUCGCAUGUGCAUCAUCUAUGGUUUGUCUUGACAUUGCUGUUACAGAUUUACGAUUAGGUAAAUGUGAUCAAGCGAUUGUGGCCGGUGUUAGUAUCAAUCUUCAACCAUUUACAAAUCACAUUUAUAAAGUUAAUAAUAUUGCCGCACCUGAUGGUCGAUCCAAAGUUUGGGAUCAAGAAGCCAAUGGUUAUGUUCGUGGUGAAACUGUUUGCAGUUUAUUUCUACAGAAAAAAUCUGAUUCCAAACGUAUUUAUGCUACAAUUCUUCAUGCAAAAACCAAUAUCGAUGGCUAUAAACUAACCGGAAUGUUUUUUCCUUCAACUGAAAGUCAAUAUGAUCUUAUGGUAGCCACCUAUACUGAGGCUGGUGUUGAUCCAUUGGAAGUUAAUUAUUUUGAAAGUCAUGGCACUGGUACAAAAGCUGGAGAUCCACAAGAAGCAAGAGCCAUUUUGGAAGCAUAUUGUAAAAAUCGCAAAGGCAAAUUGCCGAUUGGUUUGCUCAAGAGUAACAUCGGUCAUGGUGAAGGUGCAUCAGGAGUAGCAUCAUUAUCAAAACUGUGCAUUGUUUAUGAAAACAAAAAAAUCCCUGCAAAUCUUAAUUUGAAAAAAAUCAAGACCGACAUAGCUGUAAUGGUUCCACCACUUGAUCCGGUUACUGAGAAUAGAGAUUAUGAACCUGGAAUUGUUGGAAUUAAUUCGUUUGGCAUUGGCGGUGUGAAUGCUCAUGCUUUGGUUAGGCCGAAUAAAAAAGAAUGCAGUGACGAAAGUUAUAAGAUUGUCGGAAAAGUACCUCGGCUUGUCAACAUCAAUGGUCGAACUGAAGAUUCAAUUAGUCAUAUAUUUGAUUUUAUUGAAAACAAUCCAAAUCGUGUUACGCAAGAAUUUCUUACUCUUCUUGGUGAGACUGUUAAUUAUGAACCAAGUAUCUAUUCGGCUGGUUUUCCCUAUCGAGGUUCAAUGUUGAUCAAAGAAUCAACUACCAAUUCAUAUCAAUAUAGCCGAAAAAUUUCAAAAGUUGAUAACGUCAAACGCCCAAUUUGUUUUUUCUUCUCCGGUAUGGGAAGUCAAUGGUCAGGUAUGGCUAAAGCUAUGAUGGACAUUGACAUAUUCGCUGCCUCCAUAAAGAAAUGUGCAGAUAUUUUGAAACCAUUUCAACUUGAUUUGGAUUACAUUUUGUUAUCGGAAGAUCCGAAAGCUUUGGAAGACAAAGUUCACCAUUUUGUGGCUAUUUCAUCCGUACAAAUCGCUUUAGUCGAUAUAUUUAAAGCACUUGAUGUUCAACCGGAUUACAUAGUGGGUCAUUCAUUUGGGGAAAUCGCUUGCGCAUAUGCUGAUGGAUGUUUGACAUUAGAACAAGCGAUAACAACUUCUUUCUGGCGUGGAAAAGCUGUUAAAGAUUCUAAUAUUGAACACGGUAUGAUGGCUGCAGUUGGACUUACUUGGGAAGAAACGGUUAAAAGAUGUUCAACUGGUGUUUAUGCUGCUUGUCAUAAUUCAGAGGAUUCGGUUACAAUUUCUGGAAGUUAUGAUGCUGUAGGUUCUUGCGUUGAAGCUAUGACUAAAGAGAAAAUUUUUGCUAAAGAAGUUCAAUGUGCAAACAUUCCUUUUCAUUCGCCAUUCUUGAAACCGGCUGUCGAACCAAUGAUGGAAGUUUUAAAAAAAAUUAUUCCUGAACCAAAAUAUCGAAGUGAAAAAUGGAUUUCUACUUCUAUACCGGAACAAGACUGGUCUUCGGAUAAAGCAAAAAAAGCUUCACCUGAAUAUUUUGUAAAUAAUUUAAUCAAUCCAGUUUUGUUGCACGAUGCAACUAAACAUAUUCCGGCUAAUGCAAUUAUUAUUGAAAUUGCAUCGCACACAUUAUUCUCAGCAAUAUUCAAACGGAGCAUGCCCAAUUCGAAUUAUGUUGGAUUGAUGAGACGUGGUAAUAAUGCUGGAAAUUUAGAUUUUUAUUUUAAUUCGCUGGGCCAGCUCUAUCAAUUCGGUGUGAAUCUGACCAUCAAGGAAUUAUAUCCUCGAAUUGAAUGGCCUGUUCCACGUAAUACACAAUCAAUUGGCUCAUUGUUUCGUUGGGAACAUAGUAAAUCAUUUUUUGUGAAGAAAUAUCCGGAAUAUCAUUCUCAAGCGACUGCUUCUGAUUUUGUUUCAAAAUUUUCAUUAUCAAAUCCUGAUGAUCAAUUUUUAAAAGAUCAUGCAUUCGAUGGGAAAUGUGUCCUACCAGCAACUAGCUAUUUGUUAAUGGCAUGGCGACGUUUGGGUGUUUCUCUUGGUCAACCUUGGUUCUCAUUUCCAGUAAUAUUUGAAAAUGUUGAAUUCAAACGAUUAAUUCCAUUGUCUGAUGAUGAAAUGUCGCUCAAAGUUCGUCUUUUGGAUCCUACUGGAGAAUUCGUUAUACUGGAUGGAAAUAAUAUAGCCGCUUCAGGAAGGAUUCGUCGGCCAGACCAAAUUGAUUUCCAAUAUCAGCAUCUUGUUGAUAAUUUUGAAAAAGGAAAUUCUUCUCUAUCGGGACACAAAUUGAAUACUAAUGAAUUUUAUACCGAAAUGAAUGUUCGAGGUUAUGAUUAUGGACCUAAAUUUAAACAAAUUCAGGAAAUUGAAUUUUCCAGUUUUGAUAGUUCUCGUGCUAUGGUUCGAUGGUCGAAUAAUAUUGUCACGUUUGUCGAAUCAAUGAUUCAACUCAGUGUAGCACAUACUGAUCAACGAUUUAUUUAUGUGGCUUCCGUUUUACCAUCAUUUAAAUGUGAUCCAAGAAUGCUUUAUGAUUCACCACAAGAAGAUUUACCAGUUAUUAUAGAUUCUAAUCUAAAAUAUGUUGCCAGUCGUGGCAUCGAAAUACGAGAAUUGAAAUUUGUUCAUAUUUCCUUGAAAAAUGUAAUGCGCGAUGUCAAAUUAGAGAAAUAUGAAUUUGUACCGUUUCAAGAACAGAAAGCAAUCGAAACGGUAGAUUAUAAUGAACUUGAACAAUAUAUAAAAGAUUGCGAUACGAUGGCUCGAUCAAUCAUUUUGGCUGGAAACAAAUUAUCAACACAAAGAAUUAUUGAUGAAAAUAUUGCUCGCAUUCUUAAUCAAAAUCUAUCAUCAGAACAAAUAUUGCUCAAUGUACUUGUAAAUUGUUUCAAAUGUAUCGUAGAUGAGAAUGGUAAUAUCAUUGGUGAUGGAAUUCUAAAUUGGCCUACAGUGCAGAAAAUAGUAAUCGAAAAUGGUUUUGAUCUUUCUCAAGAUUGUCUCAAUACUUGCCAUAAAAAUGGUCGCUUAAUUAGAUCAUCUCUAGAUAUCAUCAAUGAAAACAGUCUUCGUAAUUUAACUGUUGUUGAAGCUAAUUAUAAUCAACAGAUUUUGAUUGAUGAUUUGAUGCGUCACAUGAAUGGUUAUUUCCAUUAUCCUCUUGUUGUAGAUUCACAUUUAUUGGUAAAAAAUGUUUCUUCUUUACCCGAAGACAUACGAAAUUCAACUCAUAAACUUAUUAAUUGGAAUGCCGAAGAUUUCAAAUUACCAGCAAUCGAAGCACCAGCAGAUCUAUUUAUUUUCAGAGAUUCUUUUGACCUGGAUAAUAUUGAUUGGAAAAAUUUUGCUAAAGAAAUCUCAUUCAGUGUCAAAGAAAAUGGAUUCUUGUUUGCAGUGUUUCGUUCAAAAAUUUCAAAAGCUGAACAGAUGGUUCAUCAUUUUUUCGGAAAAACGAUAAAUACUUCUAAUUUAAGCCAAAAGAUUGAAAAUUUUGAAAACAGCGCUAUAGCAGCCGGUUUUAACUUGAUUACAAAGAAAAGUGAUGGUAUCACAUCAACUUGCAUAUUAUUUCGCAAACAAAUCGAAAUUUUAGAUCCAAACAAACAGAUAGCCGUGCCUGUUUAUUUUGGUCGUUUCGACGAAUGGGUGGAUAAAUUGAAGAAUUCAUUCACCAUGUACAAGACUCGCCCUAAAAAUGAAAAUAUCUGGAUGAUUUCAGAUGAUAACGAUUUGAGCGGCAUUCUUGGAAUGACAAAUUGUCUUCGUCAAGAACCUGGCGGUGAUCGAUUUCGUUGCAUUUACAGUGAUACAGAAUUACCGAGACCAAUCGAUUUCAAUCAAGCACCUUAUAAUGAAAUUUUGAAAAAAGAUUUGGCUAUGAAUGUAUUCAAAAAUGGUCAAUGGGGAACUUAUCGAUUAUUGGAUUUGGAACGUAAUUACAAUACUGUAGAAAGUAGUGAAGUUUAUUUGGAUAUCGUCAAAAAAGGAGAUAUGUCCAGCAUCAAGUGGCUAGUUUCACCGUUGAUUAAACAUAUCAAUCAUAAUGAUGUGAAUGUUCAAAUCCAUUAUGCUGGAUUGGAUCCAAAAGAUUUGCUUCUCAGUUCUGGUUCAAUGGGUAUGGAAUUCAUUGAACGGUCAUUAGGCACAGAAUUUUCUGGUUAUCGAAUGGAUACUGGAGAAAGAGUAAUGGGAUUAGCAUUUCAUAGAGCUAUCUCAACUUCGAUUGAUAUCGAUCCUCAAUUAUUGAUAUCACUUCCAGACAAAUGGAAGCUUGAAGACGGUGCUGCUUCAAUAAAUUCCUUAUUCAUUGUUUGGUGUAGUCUGAUACACAAAGCUCAUCUUCAGCCUGGCGAAACGAUUCUCAUUCAUCCUGGAACAAGUGCAAAUGGUCUGUCGGCUCUUCAGAUUGCCAAUCAAAUGGAUUGCACUAUUAUUGCUACGGCAAACAGCGAACAAAAACGAAGAUAUUUGAUUGAAAAUUUUGACAUACCAGAGAAAAAUAUUUUAAAUUCUGAUGAUUCUGAUUUCAUCGAUCAGGUUCUUGUUGCCACAUCCUACUUGGGAGUUGAUGUCGUUUUAAAUACACUUUCAAACCAAAAAUUACCAAACUUAUUGCCCAUUGUUCGAGAUUAUGGACGUUACAUUGAUAUUGAUCAACCUAAAUCCACUUGUAAUAAUCCACUAUCUCGCAAUGCACAAUAUUUAAACAUAUCUUCACUAAUUUGUGAAAAAUCAUUCCGUAAAUUUUUGCCUAGAUUAAUGAAAGAUUUUCGAAUCUGGUUCGAUCAAUUUGCGAGAAAAUGUUUUGAUCCGAUUCCACAAACUACGUUUGACAGAAAUUCAUUCAAACAAGCCUUUGAUGUGUUGAAUCAAGAAGAAAAUAUUGGGAAAGUAUUAAUUCGUAUUCGUGAUCAGACAAAUAUUGCAGAACCAUCAUCAACAGCAAUUAAGAUUUCAGCAAAACCAAAAACAUUAUUUGAUUUUAAUAAAUGUUAUAUUCUGGUCGGUGGUCUUGGCGGUCUUGGAUUGGAAGUAGCCUAUUGGAUGGCCAUUAGAGGAGCUCGAAAGUUAGUUCUUGUUUCAAGGAGUGGUAUCAAAAACGAAUAUCAAUAUGUUUUUGUGAAGAGAAUUGAAAAUGCCGCCAAAAAUAACGAACCUGUUAAAGUAGAAAUUUCAACAUCCGAUCCAACAUCAUUAAAAGGCGCCGAACAAUUAAUAAUGGAAUCAGAAAAAUUAGGUCCUAUUGGCGGUUUAUUUCAUUUUGCUACGGUAUUGAGCGAUGCUUUUAUUGAAGAUCAAACUCCUGAAUCAUUUAAAAAAGUUUGCGCUCCAAAAAUGUAUGCACUUGGUCAUUUGGAUGUUGUAACGCGUAAAAUGUGUCCAGAGCUUGAUUAUUUUGUUGCUUUCUCAUCGCAAAGUUCUGCACGUGGUUUUCUUGGACAAAACAAUUAUGGAUAUGCCAAUUCAGUAAUGGAACAUAUUUGUGAGAAACGUCGUCGUGAUGGAUUCCCGGGACAAGCUAUCGCAUAUGGCCCGAUUGGUGAUGUAGGCUUAUGGGCUCAAAAUGAACACGUAGAUUUGACAAGCAUUGGCAUGGUAAUCAAUACGCAACGUAUUCCAAGUUGUAUGGAAGUAUUGGACCGAUUUUUAUCUCUUGAUUAUCCUAUUGUUACUUCUAUUGUUCGUUUGGAAACUACAGAGCAAGCUGGAAAUAAUUCGAAUGCUAAAGAUCAUAUCUGGCAAGGAAUCGGUAUAGAUAUGGAUUCAUUGCCAGAUAAUUUAUCAUUGGGCGAUGUUGGCAUGGAAUCCAUAUUGGCAGUUGAAAUGCAACAACGUAUUGAACGCGAAUAUGAAGUAGUAUUAACUUCGGAUGAAAUCAAAAAAUUAACUGUUGGAAUGAUCAAAGAAUAUAGAAAAGCCGACAAAGAAACAAUCAGAAAAUCAUUGGCAGAAUUUCAUAAUUCAAAAUAAUAACUUGUUACAUUCACCAUUAUAUUAGUAAUUAUAAACUUUUAGAGAAUAAUUAAAACAAUUAUAAUUCAUCUUCAUUCAAUGAGGUUCAUUGGGACAUU